CAACGUUUAGUGUCACAGGAGACCUCUGCAGACACAGUACUAUUGAUCUUCCUGGCAAAGUCCAACCGGCCACAAAGAGAGACAGACAGAGACGAUGGCUGCCAGAUCUAUCUGCGUGCUGCUCGUGUCUGCAGUGGUGAUCAAUGUGACUGGAAUGCUGGCAACUUGGAUAAUGAGUUUUCAACACUCUGACAUUAGAAUGAAAUCUUCAAUAAAUUCAUUCACAGUCAGCUCAGAUGCAGCUCAAACAGAGACGACAACAUUAGCAAGCGCAUCAGAUGCGGCCGAAGGUGCGUCGAGCACGCCGGAGGCACAAAUAAUCACAAACAUUCCUGGAAGCGCAUCGGUGAAUGUGAUGCCUGGAUCAUCUGCGAUAUCAAGAGCUUCAUCCGUUGCUAUCGCUGAACCCUCUCUGCAAACAACAGCUGAGACAGCAGCAGUGAGUGCAGCUGGGGCAGGGAGAUCUACAGCUGGGGAAACAAUCGUCUCGUCUGAGAAAGUUGAGAUACACACUUUACCUGGAACAAAAAAGGACGAAAUACAGGAAACGGCGGAAACAACAGCCACGGCGUGUACGCAAAUACAAGAAAGUGCCAACGAGGAAACAUUGACAAAUACAGCUCAAAAGACGCCUGGAUCUGAUAGAAUGAGUGAAGGUGAUAUCGCACAAACACAUACAAUUAAAACAGAAAUAAGCAUCGCGCCCACACAGAAAUCAGGGAUAAGCACAACUCCACAAUUCCGGAGUGUUACUCCGAUACCAGUGACAGUAAGAGCAACAAAUUUCAUUCCCAAUAAACGCAAAACUUCAAAAAUCACACCCGAAAUUAAAGCAACAACCAAAACUGCAUUUUUACACACGAAAGGCAAUACAUUUAGGACAGAGGAGGUUAUGACUGGAACAAAAGCAGAUUUAUCUGAAGAAAAACAAGCACCGAACACCGCCAUCACAAAAAGAGCAAGAACAGCGGGAACGGGGCCACUGAAAGUUGAAACAAGCGAAAGAACCACAGUUAGACCAAUAAUAUCUUCUCAAGCUGUAAAAGCAUCAAACGGUCCAACAAUGAAUAGCCCUACUGGUUUAAGUCUCAUAACUAUGAUCGAAGCUGCUGCCGGAAAACAAGCAAAAACAGUGGGAAAACAAACUGGUAAAGGCGUGACAAUAACAACAAUUAAACCCACUGUAAAUGAUUUAAACACCAUUUCACAAGAGACACAGACUUUUGAAGUGUUCGAAAGUUGACAACUCUGUCACAAGUCUAAUUCUCCAUGUGCAGGUAAAUGUGAGACAAAACCUACUACUAGGAAUGCUACAGGUCAUGACAAGAAGACCCUGUCCAAAAAAACUUUUUAUUCUGCCAUCACUAUGGGUAGCAUCUUGGUUGUAUGUGGCCUUCUAGCUCUUGUUGUGUUUAUAAAGGAUUUUAUUGUGUCUGAGUAAGAUACUCUGCAUAUUCAGAUGGUCUUGGUCUCACUCUAUUUUAAUUUUGGGCUAUUUGUUUUAUACUUACUUUUUCUGGAAAGCACUUUGGUCAACAUAAAAAAAAAACAUUUACUCACCCUCAUGGCAUUCCGAAUCUGUAUGAAUUUCUUUCUUCUGUGGAACCAGUUUCAACUUUGUUUUGUCCAUGUAACAGAAAUCCGUUGUAAUCAAAACUGUUUGACUACAGUCUUGAA